GUAAUAAGCUAGUUUGAACAACUGAAGGACUUCAGUGCAUUCAAGUAUUUUCCAAUCAGUGUUGUGCAGAACCUAGACAGCCGAGAAGCCGUUAUCUGCACAUGUGAACCUUCCCGAGCUAUUUUUGACAGCAGAUUCUGUUGUUGGAGAACGCCACCACCGCCGCCGUCAAAGGAUAUAAAAAUGUCAACGGAAGGACCACCAACAAUGGCUUCGCUGGAUUCUCUCGGGACCGGGAGUACAACCAUGGCCACAGCAUCGAGCCAAAGUGUGGAUGAGCUGAGUCGAUCGCUUCAGCGGUUCAACUGGCCAGACUAUCUGGUGUUUAUGUUGAUGUUGGUCAGUUGCAUUUUCAUAGGAAUCUUCUUCGGAUACAAAGACCAUCUGAAGCACAAGAAUAGGAAGAGUGCACGAAGGGACUCGGAGGCGCUCGAUUACCUGGUUGGUGGAAGGAAGAUGAAGAUCUUCCCGGUAGCUGUUUCCCUGGUGGCAAGUUGGAUUUCCGGUAUCUCCCUGCUGGGAACAUCUACGGAAAUCUACGUGUACGGAACGCAAUAUUGUUACAUCGUUUUCGCCAUCGUCAUGAUGGGGUUGGCAAUGCAUUACAUCUUUUUGCCAGUGUUCCAUGAUCUGCAGAUUACUUCGGCAUAUGAGUACCUGCAGCUACGGUUUGAUAAAAGGAUGCGAUUGAUAGGCUCCAUUCUGUUUACAAUGGCUUCGCUUCUUUGGCUCCCAAUCGUGGUGUACGUUCCCGCUUUGGCGUUCAAUCAAGUGUCCGGAGUGAACAUCCAUGUAAUCACGCCGAUUGUCUGCCUAGUCUGCAUUUUCUACACCAGUGUGGGUGGACUGAAAGCCGUGGUAUGGACCGAUGUAAUCCAAACAACAAUUAUGGUUGGCGCUAUGAUUAUUGUUAUCAUCAAGGGCACCAUUGACGUGGGUGGGCUGGGAGUAGUAAUUGAGCGAAACUCUGCUGGGCAGAGAUUCGAAAAACCAGAUUUUAACCUAGAUCCCACGACAAGAAACACGUUUUGGAACUUAUUCAUUGGUGGGACUUUUUUCUGGACAUCCACCAAUGCAACGAACCAAAAUAUGAUACAGCGAUACCUCUCACUACCCAGUCUGAGAGCAGCUCGAAAGGCACUUCUUCUGUUUCUCGUCGGAACCACUGUAGUGCUAUCACUUUGCUGUUACAACGGGCUCCUGAUCUACGCAAUGCAUCACGAUUGUGAUCCACUGAGCACAGGUCUGGCCAAAGCAAAGGACCAGCUAGUGCCUCUGCUGGUGAUGGAAGUAUUGGCAAUCUAUCCCGGUCUUGCCGGAUUAUUUGUAGCUGGCAUUUUCAGUGCUGCCUUGAGCUCACUGUCAACUGCUCUGAAUUCACUUUCUGCAAUUGUUUUGGAAGAUUUUUGCAAACCCUUCGUUAAACGACCCUUGACAGAGAUGCAAGUUCGCUAUCUUAUGAGAGGUACUGUUCUAAUCUUUGGAGCUUUGGCCGUCGUGCUGGUGGCAGUGGUCGAAAAAAUGGGAGCCGUUCUACAGUUAUCGAUGAGCUUGGGUCCAGUCACACUUGGACCGUUAUUUGGACUUUUCAUAAUGGGAAUGUUCUUCCCACGAAUCAAUGGAACAUGUGCCAUUAUCGGAACAAUUGGUGGGCUUGCCACUAUGUCAUACAUCGUCAUUCGAUCUCAGAUUUCCAUCGCACUCGGUGAAAUGGUGUUUGCAGAGAAACCUGUCACCGUCGAAGGAUGUGCGUACGACUUUACUCCGCUCAACAGAACCGUUUCAUUUCCCACUGACGGGUCCAGCACGGAUGUGGAAAAGUCACUUCAUCACGUGUCAUUCCUAUACUACACGCUAAUUGGAUCAAUGAUUCCAACGAUCAUUGGCUAUUUAAGCUCGGUUGUUAUGAGUUUCACUGUAGGAUUAAACCCAGAAGAGCAGAAUGUCGACCCACAGUUGCUGGCACCUUUCAUUCAAAAGUACUACCAACCGAACAAAGUGAGAAACGUGACGGAGGUUAUACACGAGUUCGAGACGAAAGACAUUCAGCUUUGAGCGCGAAAGUCGGCAACUGUGAUUCGGUGUGAAUGUGAUAGGAUAUAUAAAUGGAAUAAACUUUGUUAUGGCUGUGGAAUGUAA